UUAAGAACUCUCCACACCUAUCGACUGAUGUGUGACGUACUGGUUUGUACUAUGGUACUUAUAAUCGACCGCCUGCUGUAUUUUGUGGUCUUCACAGCGGUUAACGGCGCGUCAACUUUAAGGUUUCGCUAACUUUUAUCACUCACUUUUGAAAAUAAACGACCUUUUUUUUUUUUUUUUGGCUUAAAUCGCUACGUAACGCAACUGUAGAUAGUUUGUAUGCCGAUUUAAAAUAGGGCGCGAGAUCACAUGCGCGAGUUGGGGAAAGUUUGGGGACACAUAACGUUACAUACAUAUGCUUUCGAUUAGUCCAUUCAAAACGAUGAUGUGAACACAUUAAAUCGGCGUUCUUAACGGAUUAAAAAUUCUCCCAGUGGUAACUUAGGGCGUUCAAGUUUAUGGAGGAAUGAAACUCAAAGGUCUGCGGAGCAAAGUUGAAAACGGGAUCAUUUGACUCAAGUUUGGAUCUUCCCUGACAUGUUCACACACAGCCAUGGUGACUAAUGAAUCUUUGCGGUUAUCUGAAUGAACUCAUUGUGCAAUGGGGACUCAGAGAAACGGUUUCAGCAAACGAGAGACUUUCAUUCUCUCUGUUGAUGUGGGAACAACCUCCAUCAGGUGCCAUGUGUACGAUAAGAGCGCCAGCAUCAGGGGAUCCUGCUCCGCGAAGGUGUCCCUACUCUAUCCUCAGCCUGGAUGGGUAGAGAUUGACCCAGAGGAUCUGUGGAAAGGGUUUGUGACUGUUGUCAAAGGAGCAGUUCAAGACUCAGGCUUACAGAUGUGCCAAAUGGAAAGUCUUGGCAUCUCGACCCAGAGGGCAACAUUCAUAACAUGGGACAGAAACACGGGAAAACCGUUUCAUAAUUUCAUCACCUGGCAGGACUUGAGGGCAGCCGAGUUGGUGAGAUCGUGGAACAGGUCCUGCACUAUGAAGACAGUACACGGUGUGAUGAAGAUGCUGCACUUCCUCACCAGACAGAAGCGGUUCCUUGCAGCCAGUCUGGUAGUUUUUACCACCCAGCAUGUGUCCCUGCGUCUGGUCUGGGCCUUGAACAAUAUCCCUCAGUUGCGGCAGGCAGUCGAAGACGACUCCUGUUAUUUUGGGACUAUAGACACCUGGCUGCUGUACAAACUGACUAAAGGCCUGGUUCAUGCCACUGAUUACUCUAAUGCCAGCGCAACAGCAAUAUUUGAUUCCUAUCAGAUGUGCUGGAGUGGAUUUCUUUGCUCACUCCUCUCUAUACCUCUGUCCAUCCUCCCCAGUGUGCAGAACACCAGUCAUAAAUUUGGCACAUGUGAUCCUUCCAUAUUCGGGGUGCCCAUCCCAGUCAUGUCUGUUAUGGCAGACCAACAAGCAGCCAUGUUUGGAGAAUGCUGUUUUGACAUUGGUGAUGUGAAAAUUACUAUGGGCACAGGGACCUUCAUGAACAUCAAUACAGGAAACAAACCACACACGUCUAUAGCUGGCCUCUAUCCGCUGGUGGGUUGGAAGAUUGGUGCUGAUGUUGUGUAUCUGGCUGAAGGUAAUGCUGCUGGAACAGGUGCUGCCAUUAAAUGGGCCCAAGAUCUAGAGCUCUUUUCUGAUGUGAAGGAGACUGGGGCUAUAGCCACUAGUGUGGAAGACUCAGACGGCGUGUAUUUUGUGCCUUCUUUCAGUGGCUUACAGGCCCCUCUGAAUGAUCCUAAAGCUUGUGCCUCUUUCAUGGGCUUAAAACCCUCCACAACCAAGAGACAUCUUGUUCGAGCCAUUCUGGAGUCCAUAGCUUUCAGGAACAAGCAGCUCUUUGAAAUCAUGCUUCGAGAAACCCGUAUUCCUAUCACUAAAAUCAGGGCAGAUGGAGGUGUUUGCACCAAUAAUUUCAUCAUGCAACUCACAGCUGAUCUGUUGGGGCGUAAGAUAGAACGUCCAAGUCACUUUGACAUGUCCUGCCUUGGAGCUGCUUUUGUUGCAGGACUAGGAACAGGUUACUGGAGGAACCAAGAAGAGCUGAAGAAGCUUUUGACCACUGACCAACAAUUCCUUCCCCGGAGGAGUAAAGCAGAUUGGGACAAGGACGGCCGAUACAGAGGUGUACUGCAGAGCUGGGAGAGGGCUCUUCAGCGCUCUAUGCACUGGUACAGCCAGCCCUGAUUUCCCAGAAUACAGGUUUCUUCAUAUUCAUCUCAGCGGGUUUAGGGCAGUUCUCUGUCACAGAGAGAAACUCUUGAACAGUAUGAUUUCCAAUCUGGAUUUAGAAACCUGCAUAUCAAAGGUUAGUUACAGUUUUGCCAAAUCACGGGGGAUUUUACAGAUUUACAACUUGUUUGUGUAAAUCCAGAUCACCCGGGUGUGAAUCCAGUGGUAUUAUGAUGAUGAAGCGGCAGGCUGCGGCACAAUUCCUACUCGUAGUAUUAUGAUUUUGCCAAUCAAUAAUUUAGUCAUUAGGCACUAAAAAUCUAUCAGUGCCUUAAUCCAACUUCCAUGUUUUUUUUGUUUUUUUUGUUUUUUUAUAUGAACAAAUUAAUUUAUUUAACAUUUCAGUGUAUAGUAAUUUAUACAAGCAUUCAUUAAUUCUGUUGUAAUUAAGUCAUGUAAUUUUAGUUAAUAUUUUCUAAUUGCUUUAUAGUCUUGGCAUUGUGUAGGUUAUUUUUUUAAUCAGAUGUACCUCAUAAUACAAAACGAAUGCUGCAAACAUGGAAAACUUGUUACCUGAAGGGCUAUAUUUCCUAAUGUGUUUUUUUUCUUCAGCUUUAAGCAUCCAACCGGUUAUUCUUGUUUGUAUACAGAACUGUAGCACAGUGUCACAGAUUGUCACUUUAUACUAUCAACAGUGGCUAAUAAUAGCAUAUGUUCAACUGUAGUAAAAAUGAGUAACUGUGAAACUGUAUAAUAUCCUAUGCUUUUAUCAGGAUCUUAAAGAGAGAAUAGACAGAGAAUGUUUGUAAAGAUAAAUGUAUUAAUAGAUUGUCAAAGAACUCAUUGUGCCAUGUUUCAUGUCAGUAUGUGAAAUUAGUUGUUUUAAUAAAUUUUCAUUAUGCCA